AUGGGAUCGCUGGGCGGUCUCUCCCCCAGCGGGAGCAUUGCGAUCGGUGUGCUAGUCGGCCUCAUAUCUACAAGCGUACAGUCUCUAGGACUCACCCUACAACGAAAGUCACAUAUACUCGAGGACGAAAAGGAUCCGCACGAUGUCCGCCGCCCGCCACACCGGCGGCGGAGAUGGCAACUCGGCAUGGGAAUGUUCGUCGUGGCCAACAUUCUCGGAAGCAGCAUCCAGAUCUCGACGCUGCCGUUGCCCGUACUAUCGACUCUUCAGGCCGCCGGCUUGGUCUUCAACUCGAUAUGCGCCACCCUCAUCCUGAGCGAGCCGUUCACGAGAUGGAGUUUAUGGGGCACAUUGCUCGUUACUGGGGGCGCCGUACUGAUAGGCAUAUUUGGCGCCAUUCCCUCGCCGGCGCAUAGCUUGCGAGAACUACUCGAGCUCAUGGGCAGAUGGCAGUUCAUCCUCUGGAUGGCAUUCCAGGCUGUCCUCGUCGUGGGUGUCGCAGCAGCGACCGACGUGGUCAGCCACUUUACCAACCUGUCGCAAAACUCACGAUUCCGGUUCAUUAGAGGCUUGGCAUAUGGGUGUAUCAGUGGUAUCUUAUCCGCGCACUCGUUACUAUUUGCCAAGUCCGCCGUCGAACUUGUUCUUAGGACCAUUGCUGAUGGAGACAACCAGUUCGUCCAUUGGCAAGCGUGGAUGAUUGUCCUAGGUCUGGUUACACUAGCUUUGAGCCAGUUGUAUUACCUUCACCGAGGAUUGAAGCUCGUCUCCACGUCUGUCUUGUAUCCUUUGGUAUUUUGCAUAUACAACAUCAUUGCCAUUUUGGACGGUCUCAUUUAUUUCAACCAAACAGACUUGAUAUCAAGAUUGGACGCCGGUCUGAUAGCAGUAGGCACCGUCAUCCUCCUUGCCGGAGUUCUCGCCUUAUCUUGGCGUCUCAGCGACGAACAGCAUCCACCUCCUGCAGGACAAUCUACUCUUACACCUGGUCUAGGGCUUGUGGAGGAUACCGACGGCGAGGAGGAUUCGCUUCUAGAUUCCGACACCAUCACCGACGAGGAUGACACUGUGCCCAAGACUUAUAAUACCUUUGCGCCAGGUACUAUUGAGACAUCACCACUAGUAGCCACACGGAAGCCUUCGAAGCGAUGGCACGAGCGGGAUGAGAUAUGGGGUGAACUCGAGGAUCAGGAGGGGCUUAGUCCGCCGCCUCAACCUCACCGAUCUCUCACCCUUCCCACUGGAGCCGAUGAAACAAGUGCUCUACUUGGCGGGCCCAGGCGGCAUGUAUCGAAUGCUUCAACAGGAUCCCUUUCGAUAGCAGGGCCAUCAUCCGCGUCUGGCGAACCCCGGAAAAGGUCACUGCGCAGGCGUAGGAAGUCCACUGGCUUCCCCGGGUUUACCGCACGCAAGGCACCCGGAAGACGAAGGAGCACCAGUGGCGCAGCUGUCCAGGACGCGCUUGGUGGUAUCUUGAAGAUGAAGUGGUUCAAGGGCCGAGAUCGCGGGGAUAGUACCACCGCUGUCGAGGACAUGCCAUCCCCUCAUCGAAGAGAUUGGAGCUGGGGCCGCCUACCGCGGUUUCGGGAUGAGGAGGAGGCAGUCGGAGCAAUGGGAGAUGACGUAUCACCCAAUAGAGCUGCAGAUGCGCGGCCUGCCGGCGAGGAGGAACCACGGGAUGGUAAUCAAGACACUCCAAGAGAAGGAGACGGGUCUGAUAGAAGAACUGGCGGUGAUGGCGUAUAG